UGGAUCCUAAUCGGACAGCGUCGCUGGGGAAAAGAAGAAAAUGUUUUCGAUGAUGACAAGGUGACUUCGUCUCCUUAUAAUUCGUCAUCUCCCCCACUUUCUUUCCCACACUGUCUCCCUCUUUGGCUUUGAUUGCCAGGCUUUUUGUUUUCGUUGGCGGAUUCGAUGGGGAAUGCGUCGUCCAUGCUGACUCAGUAUGAUAUUGAAGAAGUUCAAGACCACUGUAAUAAUCUUUUUUCCCAGCAAGAGAUUGUGUCGUUGUACGAGAGAUUUUGCCAACUUGAUCGGAAUGCAAAAGGGUUUAUCUCGGCGGAUGAAUUCUUAUCGGUUCCGGAGUUUGCAAUGAAUCCACUUUCUCAGAGGCUGCUUAAGAUGGUGGAUGGCUUGAACUUUAAGGAUUUUGUGGCAUUCUUGUCUGCUUUUAGUGCCAAAGCUAGCAAACAGCAGAAGAUUGAAUUGAUUUUCAAAGUGUAUGAUUCAGACUGUAAUGGAAAGGUGUCUUUCAAUGACGUUUUGGAAGUUUUGCGGGAUUUGUCGGGUCCAUUUAUGUCAGAUGAACAAAGAGAGCAAGUCUUGGUUCAAGUGUUGAAGGAAGCUGGUUACACAAGGGAAUCCUAUUUAUUGUUGGAUGACUUCGUUAAGGUUUUUGGAAACUCUGAUCUAAAAAUGGAGGUCGAAGUACCAGUUGACUGAGGGGCGGUCCACGUCGCCAUGAUCUGGCAAAUAUGCUGCACCAAAAUGCACACGUCAAGGUUCCCAUGGGAAUAGCGAACAUGAACCAGGAAGAGAUGGCUCUUCAUUUCUCUCUCUGAUUGUGGCCAGAGCGGGGGAAUAAGCAAAUAGGAAAGAUGUAUAUUAAAAUAAAAAUCUGCUCCCUUUGAAUGUAAUGUUGGACAAAACAACAAGUAUUAUGUCUCUAGAUUUUUGUCCUCUCUCAUGUAUGGACAUGAUUUGAUCCAAUCCAGAAACA